AAAAAAAAAAAAAAAAAAAACGAGCAGAGUUAACGUCUUGCGCUCAACCAAAGCAGUGAGUACAAGAAACGGUUGGCAAGCAGCGUGGCAGAAAGAAAGCGAAGUCUAAAAAACAAAAAAAAAAAAAACAAAAAGCCCAAUUUCAGCUACGUGAAAAAGGUGUGUGUACAAUCCCGUAAGCACUGCAAGUGCCAAAGUGUAAACCGGUUGUUGUUUGAGUGCUAUGUGUGGGUGAGUGUGCGAAGAAUUAUUCAGCACACAGUAAGCACGCGAGGAAGUCACUCGUCGUCAUCGUCGUCGCCGUCGCCAAAGUAACGUUACUGCUGUGGCCCAGCUAAGUGGUGAAAGCAUUUCCACUGGCACCUACAUAAGCAAACGAGCAGGCACAAGAGCGUCUUGGCAGUUGGCAGUUGGUCCAAGUACUAGUCAGUACUCAGCUACACACUUACAUACGCACUUGCUUACGUUCACAAAAACACGAGUGGUGUUAGCGGCGAGGCAGCGGCACAGUAAUUUCCUUAGCCAGCUUUUUUACAUUCUCACACACACACACACGCACGUACGUACGUGCAGCGUCAUCUUCGUUUGUGGCCGCAGUGCAUGCAAUUCUUGCCACAUAUGUGUAUGUGUGCUUGUGUGAUUUUUGCUCAUUGCUAUGCGCCCGCGUUUGGCAUACAAAUGAAGAAAUAUGAGUGCGCGUUUUUGAACUGAAAAUGUUGUUGAGCCACAUAGCAGCAACAAUAACAACAAAAAUAAGAAAAAUUACAGCAACGUCAGUAACAACAAAAGUCAGCAACUGCAACAUUGUAAGACACAUGCACAGUGGGUGCUAAGCGUAUACGAACAAUAAGAAGACGCAAAAUUCCCUGCAGCAGCAGCAAGGCCAGUCAAUUCAAGCGCCAUAAAGCCAACCCGUAGCAGCGCUCAGCCGUCCGCCCGUGCGCCCAAGUCAUCAGUUGCGUGUUAGCAGCAUUGUCGCCGUUGUUGUCCUCAUACUUAUACCACACACUGUUAUCCACAUCCUCUCUAUCAGCUGGCUGCUACGACUUUGUCUGCGUCUUCGCCCUCAACUUCGUUGUCAUCAUCAUCAUUACCCGGUUAUGCACUCGCUACUGCGUCCGUUAGUAUAUAUGUACAUAUUGCCGAGUUCGAGUAUAGCGUGUGCGCCGCAGGAGCUGAAACGUUCCAAUAUUAGAGUUAGUAUAUAAGCGAACGUAGAAAUCAAAUCUCGUGUAGCCUUAAAUGAAAUAUUAAUAUUUGUCAUCAUUCGUUUGGCGAGUUAAGUUGGCUGCAGAACGUUUUUCCGCCACAAAGUCAACGCGCGCCGCAGUGGGUGACUCGCCAGAAUCGCGUUGACUUGCAAGUCAAAUAUUAAAUAGCAAAAAAAAAAAAUAAAGCAAGACAGCAGCACGAAGACGGGAAAUAAGGAGCGCAAAACAUAGCAUACUACAAACAUAGUAUCCACUCAGCGAUAAGCAUUUAAACGCACAACCUGAAAAGUGGAAAAUAAAAACGCGAAAAAGCUACAAUUUCAAAGGCAAAAAGACCCGACACUUCACAACUUACGAGUAGUCAUCGCCAGCGACGUCGGCGCCGUUGUCGUUGCCCGCGUUGUCGUCAGCGUCGCCGCAGUGGUUCAACAGUGCCACUACUUUUUGGGCUUUGCAGUAAUUUCAGCGCUUUUUCGUCGGUCGCUGCACACUUCAAAUUCAUAACUUUGUAAAUACACACACAUAUAUAUGCAAACACACACAAAUACAUAUAUGCAUAAAUAGAUUUGUAACAUAUCCGUCGUUGACGUAAGAAGUGCACGUUGCAGUGACAGUUACAGUUAUAGUGUUUAAGUAGUGUGUAACGUACAUAUAAGUAAGCAACCAUAACAACAACAACAACAAAAACUAUAAUAACAAACAACCACGUUCCUGUGCCUGUGUAUGUGCUUCAACUUGUACGCUUAGCAUAUACAUACAUAUAAUUGCUUCUGUGUGUGUGACUGUUCAUCCGCCCGCUCUCUUUCCCCACCUCUUUGUGUGCGUUCGUGUGUGCGUAAAGGAUAAUAAUUCGCCUCAAAAUGCGUCUGCAAUAUCGCAAUAAGAAAGCGACGCUAUGGCUGAUGGUCACCAUAGUCGUUGUCACUAUGUUCCUCUUCAAAUUCACCGAAUUCGCGCCAACGUGUUUCUUCAAGAACGACGUUACGUCGCCGGAUGGUUCGCUGAUGGUGCGCGAAGAGAAAUAUGUGGUGGGUGAAGAUCAAAAGACUUAUUCAUAUGGACGCGAAAUGCCGCUAAUAUUUAUUGGCGGUGUGCCCAGAUCGGGGACAACGCUGAUGCGCGCCAUGUUGGAUGCACAUCCGGAUGUGAGAUGCGGCCAGGAGACACGUGUCAUACCACGUAUACUGCAAUUACGCUCGCAUUGGAUGAAAUCGGAGAAGGAAUCGAUGCGACUAAUGGAGGCGGGCAUCACCAAGGAGGUGAUGAACGGUGCAAUAGCACAAUUUUGUCUCGAAAUCAUCGCUAAACAUGGCGAACCAGCGCCUCGUCUAUGCAAUAAGGAUCCGCUGACGCUAAAGAUGGGCUCCUACGUGAUAGAACUAUUUCCAAAUGCGAAGUUCCUGUUUAUGGUAAGAGAUGGGCGCGCCACAGUGCAUUCAAUCAUCUCGCGCCAUGUGACGAUAACCGGCUUCGAUUUGACCAGCUAUCGGCAGUGUAUGCGGAAGUGGAACUUCGCCAUCGAAGUGAUGCACAACCAAUGCAAGGAGAUCGGCAAGGAGCGCUGCAUGAUGGUUUACUACGAACAAUUGGUUCUGCAUCCGGAGGAGUGGAUGCGAAAAAUAUUGAAAUUCCUGGAUGUUCCAUGGAAUGAUGCGGUUUUGCAUCACGAGGAGUUCAUCAAUAAGCCAAAUGGUGUGCCGCUCUCCAAAGUGGAGCGCUCCUCGGAUCAGGUUAUCAAACCGGUAAAUUUGGAAGCACUCUCCAAAUGGGUAGGCAAUAUACCUGAAAAUGUGGUACGUGAUAUGGCCGAUAUUGCGCCCAUGUUAUCGGUGCUCGGUUAUGAUCCCUAUGCGAAUCCACCGGAUUAUGGUAAGCCAGAUGCUUGGGUACAGGAUAAUACUUUUAAGGUAAAGGCCAACCAGCAACUAUGGGAAAAUAAGGCGAGAAACGAGCUGCAUCUGGUCGAGCAUCAAGUACCCAAGGAGCCCAAAUCGCAGGAGGUGGACAACAACAAUAAUAACAUCAACAGUCAACGACGACGCUACGUAGGCACGAUGAGUAAUAACAACAACAAUGAGAAUAAUAACCGAAAUGAUAAUACCAACCAAGCGGUAAUGGACUAUGAGGAUGACAACACUUACGUCAACACUAAUACCAACAACAACAACAAUAAUAUCAAUAAAAAUUACAACCCAUCGCCGCAGGCGCACGACGGCAACCUUGUGUGGGUGAAGCCGCUAAAUAACGGCAAAAGUAUGAACGUGCAGCGUGCGGCGAAAGGCGCACAUCACAACAGCAACAGCAACAAUGUGAACACGGACACAGAUACCGACACAGGCGCAGACACAGACACAGACACAGACACCAAUACAGAUACACGCACAUGAUAUCAGCCGUUUGGCGACAUCGCACAGCCUCCACAAAAGCAACAACAAAGCAAACAGCAGCAACAACAGCAACAGUACCACCGACAACGGAUAGUGCUGCCACGUCGUUCGAGUUAUCGGCGUCGUUUGCGCCGCAAUCAUUGAACGGGCUUUUGAAAGCGCACACAAAUCCGCAUUGACACACACACAAACACUCACACUUUUAUACUUAUAUUUCAAUAGACCUAAAAAAGUUAUAUAUCUACACCACACACACACAUACACAUAUACAAACACACUUGGAUAAAAGUGUAACGCGCAUUGAACUAAGCUGAAUGGCGCUGAACUAAAAUGAACUGAAGUGCACUGAGGUGUUGAUCCGCGGCCAACGCAGCCGCAUUCACUCUGACAAUGACAAUGACUACUACGUACGACGGUGACAAUCCCAUUGAGUGUGGAAAGUGGAAAACGCGCAGCGGAAGUGUGUAUGUGCGCGCGCAGCGGAAGCGGAAGUCUACGACGCUGACGACAACGGCAGUUUACAAUAAAUGAGAAAUAAACGCAACUUUCAAUUCAAUGCUUUGCUGCCAUAAUAGCUGCGGAAUGACAGCAGAAAGCAGAAAAAACAACAAACGCUACAAAAAACACAAAUGGCAAAAUAAAAACCAAAAAUGUUUAGAAUGUAAACGUGUGCCGUGCGAAAGAAUGGCGAAAAAGUGUUGAGAAGUGUGGGAGAGGCGCAUGAAAGCAAAUUAAUUUAAAACAAGAUGCCAAAGUGAAAAUUCCCUUUACGCAUCUGUGCGUGUGUGUGUGCGUUUGUGUAAAGUCAUUUGUGUUUGUUGUGUUCCAUUGUACUGAAAAAGGUUGGCUUAGCGAAACGUCGCGGAAAUGUUAAACUAACUGUUGUGAAUGGGAUUAGCUGUGACGGCUGCACGAAUUUUAAUUGACCAACUGCGUGAAAAUGCCCAACUAACUAACUGUUUAGUUGCAUAAGUAACUGUAUAGGCGACAUACCGACCGACUAACAAGCGAACCUACCAAUAAAAUAAGUAGCAAACUUUUAAAUUUUUCGUCUUUAUUUUUAUUUUUAUAUGUACAUAUUUUUGCCGCGUAUAAAAAAGCUUUGUUUGAUGGAUGUGCUGUUUACAGGGAAGGCAGCUUAAUUGAUUUUUUUUUUGUCAAAAUAUAUUUUUAAACAAACAAAUAAAUAAACUCAAGGAAUUAAAAAGCAAA